AUUGGGUGAACACCAGGGGAGGAGGUGUGUUCAGUUUCACAGUAUAGCACUUGUGUUAUGAGAGCCUUCUGCCAUCCCCCUUCCUAGUCCUCAAUAGCGAGUGUGCUGCAGCUCUGGAUGCUGUGUAUGCAUGAGGGGAAGAGAGGAGGGACUGCCGUAGAUUCUCUGAGCCCGGGUCUGCAGGUCUGCCUUGCAUCUGCAGUGGAGACGGAAAGAAAGGUUGAAACUGGAAGGAAGGAGAAACGCGACAGUAAGAAAAACAUUUUAGAGAGAAGACGAGAGUGACUACAUAUUUUUCUACACAUGCCAGGCUCCUCACGUCUCUAAUAAACAGAUGUACUGUGUUCGACUUCCUCCACCAGAUGUCUGUACUGUGGACUAGUUAGAUCUGGAAAUUGGCAUCAAGAAGAACAAGACCAUCUGCUAACAUUUGGAACAGAAAGAGAGACGGAGAGUCGAUGACACUGAAACACACAAAUGAUGGACAAGAAAAGUGCAAAUGGCUUUUCCACCAAGGCUUCUGAGAGUGGGGGACAGAGGAAACAGCUGCCAUAUUCUGUGGAGACCCCCUAUGGCUUUCAUCUGGAUCUGGACUUCUUAAAAUAUGUUGAUGACAUUGAGAAGGGUAAUACCAUCAAGAGAGUGCAUAUACAGAGAAAGAACAGGGGGCCAAAAUAUAGCACACUGCCACGCAAUUUCAGCCUUCCUGGACAUGGUGCAAGACCUGUAGCUAAAGACACAUGGUCCAACACCUCCACCCUGGGGUCCAAACCCAAGUCGCGUGUAACUGAGGUACAGCAACUUUUUGAUUUCAGAGCCAGCACUGACAAUGCUAGCAGCAGUAGCAGCCAAAGCACCCCUGCUGCUCAAUCAAAUGUACAAGGUAGCAGCUACCUCUCUUCCCUCAAAACUGUGGAGCAGGCCCAUAUUCAGGCUUCCCAGGACCAUCAGUCUUCUCUGAGCCUUAAUGUGAGGCCACACUUGUUUCGGGCAUCCAGCAUGCCUGUUAAUGUGCCGCAAAGAAAAGCUUCUGAUGCUACCGAAGAGCAGAGCGGUAAAUCACAGAAUGGCUCGACUGAAAAACUAUUUCGCCCUGUGGAUGGUAGUGACAGAAGAGGGAGUAUUCCUCAAGACAGGGCCAGUCUGCAUCAACAGAUAACAGCAGCACUGAAAAGGGUGCGGGAACUAGAGGAGCAGGUCAGGACAAUCCCCGAGUUAAAGGCUCAGAUUUGCUCCCUAAGAGAAGAGAAGCAACAACUUAUUCAGAGAAUUCAAACACAGUCUCAUGUCAAGAGUCUGUCAGAGAAGGAGCCAAGUGAAAAAACCCAACAGGAAUCCCAAGAAAGUACUAACCUUCCUUCUGCAACAAAACAGCAAGAGGGUCCAUCCCUUCCCCAGGAUACUGUGAGUGACAGUCAUGCUAAAAUUCCAGAAAUAGAGGCAAAUGUAGAUAAGCUAGCCCAGAAAAUUGAAGAGCCGCAAACUUGUACAGCUUUGGCAGAAGGACCAACUAUAUGUGUGGUCUCUAUUCCAGUGAUACUCAUUGAUAAAGUUGAAAGUCCAACUGAUUCAGAAGGAUCUGAGAAAAUGUCGGAAGAACCUGAGAAUGGGACUGAAGUAUCUUUUGGAACAGGGAUUUCGGAACAUGGAUUAGAAGAACAAGAGGAAAAGCCAGAAAAAAAGGACUCUGACCUAACAUUAGGGUUCUCCAUAACAGAAGAAAAAGGAGAUAAAUCUGAAGCCGCAGUGUCCCGAGAUAAAACUGAAAAAACAGAAACAAUUGAUCAGUUUGGUGAAAAGGAAAAAAUGGCCUCAACAAUAAAUGAACAGGAUGUUCUCACUAUCCAAGAACUCCAAGAAAAAGUGAAGACGUUGGAGGAAAGAUUACGGCAGGUCAGCUGUGACCUAGAAACAACAAACUCCCUACUGAGUGUACAGAGGGAAGAGAAUAGACAAAAGGAUGUAACAAUUCAGGAGCUAAGUGAAAAAGUAAAAGAACCCAUUGAAGACAGUGUAGAGCAAGAGCUGAAGGUUCCAAAAGAGACUGAGCCAUUUCCUCAGCACAUUAGUACUUGUGAGGCAUCAGUCAAUACUGAUAGCAAGCAUGUGCUAGAAAAAGAAGUCCUAACAGAUAUUGACCUUCAGCCAGUUGACACUAUCAAAGAACCUGACCUAAUUUGUAGUAGUACUCAAACAAAUAUAGUUGAGACGCGAGAAAUUGAAGUCUUAGCACAGGUGAUGACAUCUGAAAAAGUUGUUGGUGUGGAAAUUGAAACAUGUGACCAGGCAGUUGAAACAGAUGAGUAUAAAAAUGGCAUAAAUGUCAAAGAAAGAAAAGAACUUGAACCUGCAGAAGAAUUACCUGCAUACAUUGUAGACAGAGAUGAUGUAAAUAAGGAGAAAAUGAAUGAAAGCAUGGUCAUUGAGACUGAUGUGGCUGAAGAGUAUGUUAUCGUAGAAAAGACUGAAGAUGAUUUGGUUGGGACAGUACCCAAAGAUAAACUAAAUGUCAAGACCAUGGUUUGGGAAAAAGAAUUAGUAGAGAAUGUUACGGUGGUAACCGAAACCAUAAAACCAGAUACUAGCACAGAUGAACCAUUGCAGCAAGACCAAAAGCAACCUCUAGGACAAGACAUUCAGCCUCAACCUCAGAGACCUGCUGAAGCUUCAGCCUCACCUGCAGCCAUAGGCCAGGUUGUCACUCGGAUCCAAGGUCUCCUCAAUGAACAGUGGGCCAGCCUGGGGAGUGGGAGCCAGGAACCAAAAGCAGAGGGCUCUCAAAAACAGCCAGUCUCAAAGAUAAGCUCUAUCCAAAGUCACCUCCGAGGCUCACUUAGUGCACUUUCAGCCUUCUAUUCUCCUGUUCAAAAAGGAAGUGCAGCAAAGCAAUCAGGCCUCAAAUCUAUCAUGAAGAAGAAUGACUGUUCUGACAAGCAAAGGACCGGAGGAGCCAAGAAAAACCUGAAAUUUGUUGGCGUAAAUGGAGGCUAUGAGACAACCUCCAGUGAGGAGUCCAGUGGGGAGGAGAAUGAGGACGAAAGGGAGAAGGAGAAAGAGAAGGAGAAGGAGGUGGAGGAGGAGGUGGAGGAGGAGGUGGAUAACUUGGAGACGGAGGAACGGGGAGAGGAACGUGGAGUGGCCCCAGAGGAGGAGAAAGAGGCUGCUACUGCUGGGGAGCAGGCUGAAGAAGCUCAGGCAGGGGGGUCCCAGGGUUCUGUGGAUCCUAAAGACCUCCAAACUGGUGUUGAUCCCCAGGAGGAGCAGCCCAGCAGUGAACUUGUAGAUAAAAACUUCAUGGCAGCUUGUCACUACCUAAAGGAUCGAAUGGCAGAAGUUUCUGCACCAAGCAAAGAUAUGAGGCAGGUUCUGAUGGUGCUUUAUCAGGAAUGGUUCCGUGUAUCCAGUCAGAAAGAGUCCCAGGCAGAUACGGUCACUCUGUAUCUGAGAGAAGUUGGAAAUCACACCCCCACUCUCCUGCGCUAUAUAGUAAACCUGGCUGAUGGCAACGGCAACAUGGCCCUACACUACAGUGUCUCCCACUCCAACUUCCAAGUAGUCAAGCUCCUGUUGGACACUGGGCUUUGUGAGGUGGAUCAUCAGAAUAAAGCCGGCUACACGGCGAUCAUGUUGGCAGCUUUGACAGCAGCAGAAGGACCCGAGGACAUGGAGGUGUCCCAGCACCUACUGAGCCUGGGCAACAUCAACGCCCAGGCAGGCCAGUCUGGUCAGACAGCACUGAUGCUGGCAGUUAGUCAUGCGCGCACAGCGAUGGUCCAGGUUCUUCUCAACUGUAAUGCUGAUGUGAACACACAGGACCAAGAUGGCUCCACGGCGCUGAUGUGUGCCUGUGAACAUGGCCACACUGAGAUAGCCAAACUACUGCUAGACAGAACAGAAUGUGACACUAGCCUGAAAGAUAAACACGGGCACACUGCACUGUCUCUGGCCAUCAAGUUCUCCCACUCUGAACUAGUCGACCUUCUGAAGGCCCAUGCUGAGAAAGCUGGAGCUUCACACACUUCAAGUCUUCUCUGAGGUUGCUUGUACACUUCCUCUGCAGUAGCAUCAGUACCUGCAUUCACCCUUUGGCUGCCUCAACCAGACAAACUGACCAGUGAGACUUAUUCAGGAAAGCAAAAAUGGACUUUCCUCAAUGUGGAUAAGCAACAGGCCAAGUAUUUACAGCUCUCUGAAGCGCAGUUAAACAAAGCUCUUAACUUAAUGUGGAUGAAGCAUGGUACAUUGUUACAUCUUGUGUCCUGUUUUUCAAGUAGUAUUAUAUUUUUGUCAGCAGACAGUAGACAGCAUUAUACAUGAAUGUUACUAUAGAGUCUAACAGAUACACACUAUAUUUAUUUUAUAUUGCACCUUGCUAUACUUUUUUUUUUUUUUUUUUUUUUUUUUUUUUAAAUUCUCCUUUGAAAUAUACAAGGCCUGUCUGAAUAUAUCCUGAUGAGCAAAAUUGUGUCUUCCAUCAAGAAGGUUAUCAGGUAAUGCUUUUCAUGUUAAAAUGUAAAAGGUUUAUUUUCUCUUUAGCAUGAGGAUAAUAAAAUGGCAGGAUAGCUCCCAUACCAAAUACAUUCACCCAAUAAAAUGCGACGGAACACAGAAAACGUUAGGGCAAUGCUGGACUCUGUGAUGCGCUUCACACUCUAUGGUCGGGUGUUUGAAAUAAUUAUGAGUUAUGUUGAGCUUAUGUUGAGAACAGGAUAUGCCGAGGUGAUAUAGAAAAGCUCCAUAAAAAAAUUUAAAUGAAUUUAAAUAGGUAUUGGUGGGAAAAUCCAUAUUCUGUUUCCCACUUCAUACACUGGCUUUUAUAGCCAAAUUAAUUAGCAAGCAAGGAUGACACACAAUCUUUCCAGUCAGAAACAUUAAAGAAUAAAUGACAAAUACUAGCAGAAUAAAGACACACAUAAAUCUGCAGUCACUUUGUGGUUAAACACAAUGAAGCUAAAGCAACAACAGCUAAAGACUAGCCAGAAUGGUAUAUUCUUUAUAGCGAUAUAUCACAAUGUCCUUUAUAUGAUUCUUUUUUUUUAUUUUAAUAUCAAAACGCCUGAGCAGAAAUGUUAAUUUCUCUGUAUUGCAUCUGUUUGCACAUAACUAACUCAUUGUAGAUUUUUAUUUUAUAUUUUAUAGCUCCCAAAUUUUAGUCAAGUGACUUGGCCACAUUUACUUGCCAUGGAGUCUAGCUAAUACAUGUAAGAUUUCUCCACCCCUGACAACAUUUAUGUCCAUCAUUUGCUGAAGCAAACACUUGGACGUGAAUUGAAUAAGAUCCGAGGAUCAUCACUAUGAAGUAUUUAAUGCAUGCUGUUGUAUUAAAUGCUGAGAUGAUAAUAAUAACCCUGGAAAUGAUAUAAAUAACAGAGAAAGCAAUGUUGAAGCUUUCUGCUAGACUUUUCAAUUGUGCAAAUUUGAUCUGAUUUUUAGGGAAUCAGGUCUCUUACUGGUGUAAAAUUGGAUUCUUGUACAAUUAGAUUUUCUUAGAUGCCGUAUUAGAAUGAACAAAAUGUCUAUUUUUUGGUUGCACUGCUAUCCAGUGAACAAAAUGUUAUAAGAUGACAAUCAGAAAUCAAACCAUCUACAUGUACAAAUGGACUCAUUUAUUAGCUAUUUUCCAGCUUUAGAAAAACAAACUAAAGACAAUUUAUUGGGCAAUACGGAAAAAGAAAAUCCUGUGGUGUCUAAAGAUACCAAGAUGACUUUUAUUUGGAAAGUUUUAGGUGUGACUGAGUGAAGCAGAGUCUCACAGCAUCAUCUGUGACACAUCAUUUCAACAGAUAUUUUUAACACAGUCUUUAAAGGCACUUUAACAUAAAAUUGAAGCCUUGGUCUUGUACAUAACGUAUCAAAUGUCUAAUAUUGUGAGGGUGAACUUGGAAAAUGAUCCAGAGAUGACACACAGGGUGAACCAAAUACGUAGAAAAGGACAAAUCAUGUUGUUUGACUACAAAUACAAAUACGAAGGAAAGUGGUACUUUAUCAUAAAAAGCGCUCUACAUUGGACCCUAAAGUCUAAUAAUUAUUUAUUUUAAAUGCUAUAUUUUACAAGCUGCUAUAUCUAUGGAUAGAGUAUUCAUAUAUUAUCUAUAAAUUCAAUAUGUUUUGCUUAUGUGUCUUUAAAACAUGUUUGUAUGAAUAUAGUAUCUUUUUUAUACACUGGCAAUUUUUUUUUAACUAAUUUCUCUAAGAACAAUGUCUGUCCUGACCUCUGAUCCCAGUGAUUCCAGUACAAGAAUUUAAACAUCUUGUUUUUUUUCCCAGAAAGAACCUAAAAACUAAUCCAUUUUCUGUUUACUUUUCAAACAGCUAAAGUUUUUUUCCUCCAUUGUAUUAGAUAUAUAACUAAAUGCUCUGUCCCAGGACUGUGAUGUUUUCCCUACCUUAUAUUCUUGCUCUACUAAAAGAAAUAUAAAUAAAUGAUAAUCUAUAUAUACAGGGUUGUUUCUGAACCUUUGUCGGCUCUAAUUGGCAUCCGACAUAUAAGUAAACACUUGUACUGUUACGCCGGGUGAAGCUUUUAUUCGAGUGCAUUAUGGACUUUGAUUCAGUUGAUCUGUACUCGUGCUCUGAAUAGCAGUACUCUAUGCGGGAAGGAAAAAUGGAAAGGCCAAAAGCACAUUAUACGUAUAUGUUGAAUGCCUAUGACAGAAUAAUGAACGUUUAUUUUGAUAAAUGCUUCAGCACCUGGAGAGUUAUACGGACGACGCAGAGAAAAUGCAAUAGUGACGUGAAUAUACUCGAUUUAAUAACAAUAUUAUUUGAAAUAUAUACUGUGUUUGUGAUAUUCUAAACAUUUAUGAAAACAAUACUUCUCAAUAAAGUUG